UCGAUUAUCAUUUGUGAAAGUUUUCCCAUGAAAACAAUGAAUCUCGUCUAUUUGAUACUUGUCUCGUUUCUACCCUCAUCAGCCUUCGUCAGCUGCUCAUUUACCAAGUCUGGAAAACAAAUUCUUCAACAAAUUUUUGAAGGCGAUAAAGACAAUCACACCAAGUUCAACAAGUUUCAAGAACUUUUCAAAAAUUUCGAAGAUGAUAGUUUUUGUAUCAAUUCGCUCGGAAAUAUUGGCAAAUCUGCAUUGAAAUUUCUGUCUGAAUGCUCAUCUAACACGUGCCUCGAGCCAAACUGGGCUGUCCGUCUUAUUGAUUCACUUCCAACAAAACCACCAGGUCUUUCACGUAAAGGACCAUUCUUCUUCAUCGGAGAUUUUGAAACAUGUAAAGAACUAUGGUCGGUAGAACAUCGGCAAGUACAUUAUUGCACUUUGAAAGGAACGGUGAAACUUGGCAGCGAAACUCUUCCAGUUACAACAGGAGUCUGCCUUCCAUCAAAUUGCCAUGAAAAUCAAAUGAGUAAGUUGCUGAAUUUGGCGAAGGAGUACUUGUUCAAUGAGACGAUCCACGUGGAUUCAGUUUAUUGUUCGCAUGGCACCGACAGUACUUGGAGUGUUAAGAAACCAUUUGUACUUUUCUCAUUAUUCUUUAUCCUGGCUUUGUUGACUAUCGGAACGUUAACUGAAAAAAUGAAUCGAGACGGACUGAUCAAGAAAAGUAAUACGAAAAUGAGAAGAAUGAUUCAUAAAAAAUCGUUUGAUGUCACUCGUUCGUCAGCUGUCUCUAUCAGUGAGGACCGUUCAGACCGUGAAUCUUGUGGAUUCGACUCUUCAGGAGAGAGCGAAGAUAAUGAGUCACUUGCGAAUUCUUCAGUCAACCGUCAGUUUGCUCCAUCAAUUGCUCUAACCUACCGAACCCUGGCGACUAUCUCACUAUCGAAUUCUUUACUCGUCAACAUUUUGUCUGCAUUCUCCGUCCGUUCAAGUUUGACAUACUUGUUCCGUAAUUCAACAAGAGACGUGAAACUGGUCAACCUUUUCCGUGUAUGCAGCUCUUUUUGGGUCAUAUUCUCUCAUACUUGUCUAUUUUCUUUACAUUUCACGGAUACAAUCAGAAGUGUUGCAAGGAAAGGAGAAAGUGUGGUUGGAUGGAGAAAUUUCAUGAUGAACUCAUCAUUGGCAGUUGAUACAUUCUUGUUCUUGUCAGCGUGUGUCGCAAGUUACUCAAUUCGCAAGAAAAUUUUGUUCAGAGGAUCCAGCUCUAACUUUUCCAUUAUAAAAUGUCUGGCUCUGCUUGGUCAUAGAUGUCUGCGUCUUUUGCCAGCACUUUCUCUUUAUCUCCUUUUUAUGGGACUUGUUUACAAUCAUUUGGCUGAUGGACCAUUCUGGAAUGCAAAUGGAAUGUUUGGAACCGAAUGUAAUGUAACAACAAUCUGGCCUCAUUUUGCAUUUGUAUCGAACUUUUUCCCAUCAACGUGUGUCCCAUGGCUUUGGUAUAUUUCUCUCGAUUUUCAGCUGUAUUUGACUCUUCCAAUUGUGAUUUUCUUCCUUUCGAAAUUUCGAUUCGGUUUUACAUUUGCUAUUGUUUUAUGUAUUUUGGCAUUAGUCUACCGCAGUCUUAUGUAUGCAAUCUACACAUUACCUGCAAAUAUGUUUGUCGAAAUGUUGUCUGGAAAGUUUGAGAAAGCAGAACUAUCUUUUAAACUCCUGUACACAUCUCCACUCUCUAGAUGUCCUCCUUUCUUUUUGGGUAUUCUUACCGGUUGGUACAUUUGCCAAAUUCGUUAUCUCGGAACACUUCGGUCAAUCACAUCCUUCGGGCUGAAAAUUCUUGCAGUUUCCCUUCUUGCUUUUGCUCUUUUUGGCCCAUUCUUCUAUUCAGAGUUUUUGACAUAUCCACAUGCAAUCAGUAAUCGAAUACUUUGGGCAAGUGGACUUGCGAUUUUGGUAGUUUUGGCUCAAAAUGGGUACAAUUUUGGAGUUUUUAAAGUUUUUGGCGGGCAAACUUUGGUGGUUUUAUCCAGAUUAUCUUUCGGUGUAUAUCUUUCCCAUGAGCCAAUACUUCUGUACUAUCUAAAUUCGCUUCGUCAACCAAUGUCUCCAACAUCUUUUGGAUAUUUCAUGUUUAUCACGAUUUCCAUUUAUGUAUUGUCUCUCGUUUGUGCAUUCUUUAUUGCAAUUUCUAUUGAGGUUCCACUUUUGAAUCUCGAACGCAAGUUGCUCAUGACAACAAGAAAUAUGAAGGAAGACACGAUGAAAGACAGAAUGGAAAGACACGUUUCAUUUGGAGAUACUGAAAUUGAAAAGUAUGAAGUGGUUGAGGAAGGUGAUGUAGACGGUAAUGAUAUGGAUCCAAGUGAAAAUACAAGACAAUGGAUUGAAACUGGACAAUUGUGCUUGCAAAGAAGUGACAUUGAUAUGCUUUGUGCAAAGCAAGAAGAGAAAGCGAAUGUUAAAAUUGAAGAUGAUGAUGGGAAAACAUCCACUUCAUGUUGAACUUUAUAUUGAUAUAUAAGCAAUCUAUAAAGAUUCUAGAGAGUAAUAAAUAUAGUGAUUUGUC